UAAUAUUUUAUUACACAGAUUCCUUUUAUUUCCUGUUAUAAAACUAGAAACAAUUCCUGAUACCGAGCAGAGAGGAGAAGCAGCGGCAGCACAGCAGGUCAUGAAACAUAAGGCCUUCUUCAUCAUCUUGGGCCUCUUUUCUGCCACCAUCUUCCUGACAAUUAGAUGGAUUGGUGAGUCUGAUGUCACCAUGUCUAGAGUUCCUCUUGAGAUGCCCCAGACAACCACCAUCAUUCCAGUGCUAAGACAGUCAUUGACUCUUCAUGAUGGGAAAUUUGAAUAUCACUUGAACCUCUCCAGUUUUCAGUUGGAGUUCCCGAACCUACAGACGUACCAAUGCUCGAUGAUCCUCAGUCCGCCUGUUGCACCAUACGAGGACAGUGACCUACCGCUAAUACUUAUGGCCAUAAAAUCCCAUCCAAGAUCUGGAACCAGGAGAAAUGCCAUACGACAGACCUGGGGCAAUGAACAAGAACUGAAAGGCUACAAGCUGAGACGACUCUUUUUGGUGGGAACGACAGAGGUGUUGGGAACAAUGGAGAUAGUGAAGGUGGAGAGUGCCACGUAUGGGGACAUCCUACAAUGGGACAUGACCGAAGGGCAUCACAACCUAUCUCUGAAGGAACGUUGCUUCCUGGAGUGGCUGUACCACAAUGUCCCCGAAGUGGAUUACAUAUUCAAGGGUGAUGACGAUGUGUUCGUGAAUACAGAAAUGGUGGUUGAUCUUAUUAAGGACUUUGGUUCUCCCAAUGUAAUUCAUGGCUAUCAUCAGCAUCGUCCACCUGUUAUGCGUCAGACCAAAUACAGCAUCACUAAGACCCUAUACCCAUCGGGACACUAUCCUGGAUUUGUGUCAGGUGGAGGCUACAUCUUCUCGGGACCCUCAGUGCCCAGUCUAUACGAAGCGUCUUGUAUAAUGCCGGUUUUCCCAUUGGAUGAUGUAUAUUUUGGGUUCCUGGCCUUGGCAGCAAACUUGACUUAUAGACAUGACCCUCGUUUCCAUGUACAUGGGCUGAAGUAUGACGUGUGUAGAUACAAGAAGGCAUUGCUUGUACAUGGAAUAAGCCCAGAAAUACUGCUCGUGAUAUGGAGAGAGGUGAACGAGAACAAAUGCGAGAACACAGAACAAAAGAAGAGUUAAUGAAGGAUGGGGAGCAGAGAAGAGAGGUCAUAAAAUGGGGCAUAGGUCAGGAGUGGUACCGAUACUUGUGUGU